AUGGCAAAAAGGAGCUUGGUAUGAUCCAUUAUUUGAUUCCCAUUCCACGAGCUUUUCUUUCAGGCCAGAGGAAGCUCGUAAGUUGCCCAGUUUGUAGGAAUAUUGAUCUUGCUUGAAGUUGCAGACAAGAUCUCAAAACGGCGUACGAAACCGAGAACUUUUACGGUGUCUGUGUGGGUUUACAGAACGUUUUCUGAAAUUGGAAAAACAAUUAAUAUCAAUUUUCUAACUAAAAUUUACAUUUUUUUAUAGUCUGUUGAAAUAGAAAAAAUUUGAAUAUCAAGUAAAAUGACGUCAUUCAAGGACGCUCUCUGAUUGGCUUAUCGUAUCAUCGGGGGCGGAGCUUCAGCGACAACUUGAAAUUCAAAACCUUAACAGAUUAUAACAUAUCUCCAUGAGAUUUGAAAAAGAUCGACAUGAUAUAAACCAGCUUGCUCUAAAUUUGCGCCAAACAAUGUUUGUUGGCGCUUCUUAAGGUCAAUGUAUUUUUCGGUUCGGAAUUUCUUGCAAAUUGGCUAGAACACUCUUUGAUGUACCAAAAGAAGAUCCUGAAAGUCUCAACUUGCAAAAAUUUCUAGUUUUCGAGAAAAACCCCUCAAAAUGUCUUAUUGAGGUUUUCUUCGGCUUUGAAGCGUCCUUUUUCGAAAACUAGAAAGUUUUGGGGGUUGAGACUUUCAGGAUCUUUUUCUGGCACAUCAAGGAGUGUUCUGACCAAUUUUCAGGAAAAUCCGAACCGGAAAGUGAAAUGACCGUAGCUCUCAAAGUUGAAGAGGUGCUCCCUGUAUGGAUAAAAUUCCAAAAUUCGAAAAAACACCUUUUCGAAGAAUUUCGCUUAAUUGGAAUUUUCAACGCUCACGCCAAGUUCACGUCAAUCCCCAACCUUCAUUUUCUCAUUCCGCUUCAGCAGGAUAUGAAAUUCACGAACGAGCCCGGCCGAAUCGCGUCGCUGAUCAAACGUGUCAAGAAGUUUGACCUCAGCGAGGACUGUCGACAUCUUUGCAAAAAUAUGGACAAGUACAAGGUUUAGAGAGGGAAAAAGGUACAUUUGUUCCGAAGUAUGACCUCAGUUCAGGCUCUUGCUGAUAAGGUUCAUCAGGCGAUCAUUGGAAGCGUCCUCGAGCCCCCGAGAACUGCCAAAAGUGUGGGUUUCAGAAAGAUAGGGGUGGUUCUGCCUUGAACAAGGGUAGCUUUGCUCAGGAUCUUCAGAGUGAUCCCUUUAGGGGCAACAAUAGGGCGGCCUUGGAGGUACACCUCUAGGGUCCACUUAACCUUCCCCUAUUGGGGUACUUAAGCUUGAAAAAGUGGUCUAGUCGUUUAUUGUUAUGAACUCUAUGAAAAGAAGCAUUUUCAUGCAAAAAUCUGAACAAAACGGUUAAAGAUCCUAUGGGAACCACUUGAGCUUUAGAAGCUUGAGAUUCAGACCCUUAACCCCUAGAGGGACCACCUAAGUUGUACCCUCAUCAGGACUUUUUUCCCUAACCCCUAUAGGGACCACUUUGGUGUCCUAAGUGCUGCUAGUCCUUGAGCCAUUCUAAACGCGACUACGUUUUGAAAAAUGCGCAUUUUUUCGUUUCAGUUAGAACUUAGAUAGGAAUAGUUGUGCCUUAAAAAAAUCAUUCCAAGUGUAGCCUUGCUUAGAAACUCCAGAGUGGUCCCUAUAGGGGUUCUUGAAGUUUACUCUCUAGGGUUUCUUUUUCUUCCCUUAUAGGGUAUACUAAUGAUCGCAAAAAUGGCCACUUUAGUGGCGUCUAAGUGUCUUUUCAUUUUCCAAAUCAUAAAAAAAAAUGAAAGAACCCCUAUAGGGACCACUCGAACUUUAAGUGCUUAGAAUUCAGAUCAUAAACCCUAUAGAAAACAUCCGAAUUUCAUCCCCUAUAGAGGCUUUUUCUCUGUACCCCCAUAGGGACCACUCUGGCGUUACUAAAUGUUGCAAAAGUUCAAGCGAACCCUUGACCCAUUCCAAAUGCGGCCAAGCGCUGAAAUAUCACAUUUUUUCAUUCCAGCUCGAACGUCCGUAUCAGGCUCCACAAGCCGAAGAAGAUUACUAUAGUGCUCAAUUUUAUUUUAACGAAUACACUAAACAGCUCAAAGAAGGCCGGCCUGGCGAGUAUACGGUAGCUUGGAAUGCCAUCUCAAAAGAAAUUUUGACAAAAAAAAGCGUUCAGAGAUUAGAAGAGAUCUCGAAGGUCCUCGAGGCGUUGCACGUUGAGCAGGUGCGUUACGUGAAAAAGUGCAACGACAUUCUGAAACCGUUGACGACGUUCAUCGCCGAAGACUACUGGGGCUACGUCAAGAUACGGAAAGGUGAGUCGGGUAUAGAAAAAUGGAAGAAAUUGGUAUAGUCUUCAUGAACUUUAAAGGCAUGGGGCAGUAAAAAAUGGGGUUUCAGGUUAAAGCAGUAUCUUAUGUAGUUUUUCUUUACGAAUCGAAUGGUGUACUCAAAAAAAUUACAGAUGGGACAACUUUAGAAGGAAAACGCGAUUUUACAUUCCCGCCUUUAAUUUUGAAAAAUGCUUUGGAUCGGUAUACAGACAACUGAUUACAGUAGCCGUGCACGCGAUGUUGCGGACGUCUCAUUAGACUCGCCUUUUGUGAGAAAUGACCGGAUAUCUGCUUCAACUUAAGGGUUCCUUUUCUGAAAAAUCGAUUAAGAAAACAGAAAACACACAUUGAUAAUAAAGAAAACACAAAUAAUCGAUAUCCCAAUCGAAACCUGUGUAAAAUCAUCAUUUUUCACCAAAAAAGCUUUUUUGCGAUCAAAGUUUGCAAAUUAUACAUGAAUCGAAGGCUUUGGUGACGAAAAAAACUCUGGUGACAACAGAAAAAAAUUGAAAAUUGAAAGAAACGAAGAAAAAAGCGAAAAUCCGACAAAUGGCGAAGCCUGUUGUCCAUAGAGCAACUUUACUGCAAAGCGCCCUUUUCGCGGGAACUCAAACAUUCGUCUCUCCGACUUUGAAUUAUUUUUUCUCCAAAACCAGGAACUUCUGUACGUUUCCAAGUUCACCGUUCGAUUCGCAAUGAAAAGCUCUAAAAAAUACUGCUUUGAAAUGAAACAUAGUUUUUUACUGCCCCUAUGCCUUUAAAUUAGUUUUGGACCAUGGGGAGACUUUGAAGCAGUGUAGACGAACUUCAAGUGAUGUUAAGAGUUUUCGGAAAGAAAGUCUGGAAAAAUUGAAGUUCUAGUCGUCAAAUUUUUUCUGGAACCUUUUCAUAUUGCCUUUCAUCUGACCUGAAGUUUCAGAACAUUGAGAGUCCCUUACUUUUUUCACAGAUUUUCCGCUCAAAGGGUACAGUGGCGUUCUUUAAUUUAUGAGGAACUGGUCCCAGUAUAGUCAAUGUUUCCCGACUUGAAAGGCAAGGGAGGCGGGACAAGGGGCGGGACACGUAGCGUGUGCGUACGCGGUUCUUGGCACGAGUUCAAAUCAACCGCCAUCGACUCUUUGAAAAGCUUGUUUUUCGCUCUUUUCAUUCCUUUUUCAAUUAUUUAUUGAUUAUGUUCAUGUGUGCAUCAAAAAUUAGUAGAAAAUACAGAGAAAGAGCGGUUGCCGAGCUUUUUAAGUAGUCGGCGGCAAUUGAAUUGAAUUGAACUGGCGCCAAAAACCGCGUACGCACACGCUACGCGUCCCGCCCCUCGCUCCGCCUCCCUCCCCUUUCAAGUCGGGAAACUAUACAACUGAUUCACCGAUGGCUUGAGCCAUCGAAAAAAGGGUCCUGACACGAUUUUUAAAAAAUUAGAGAGUGAUUGGAAUGGGGCGCGCCGUAGCGCAACAGGUUGCGUGCCUGUCUACGGUCCACAGGGUCACAAGUUCGAUCCCCGCCCCGACCCAAUCAAGGAGUUUAAGAAAUGUUGGUAGUGGGAAACCACGGCUUCGUAGUCCCCAGCUGUCACACACAAGGACGGAUAUGUCACUGGAGCCAGUCCACUGAUUAUCACUGAUCAGUAUAGGACCUCGGUCAAUCGACUUGGGGCGCCGACGCCGCUCACGAGGUAAAGAGGCUUGGAGAAAGCAGAAGAAGAAGCUUUGAAUAAUGGGAAUUUGAUCCUAGUACAACUGAGAGCCAUCGAAAAAGGGUCCUGACACGAUUUUUAAGAAAAUAGGGAGUGCCUGUGGUGGAGGGGCUCCAACAGACCACGCCUAUUCGCGUCUCAAGUUAGACACUUUCUGAAAGCGGCAGUUUUCUGUUUUUUUCUUUUUCGAGUCUGGGCCUAAUCACUGCUAAAGUAGGAGUUGCGGAAAACAGGUGCAAAAUUGCCGCUAAAAGGGUUCCAUUUUGCGGCCUUUAUUGAGCCUUUCAUAACGGACGCUCAAAGGACCCGUAAUGGGUCCUUCUAACUUUGCAUAUGAAAUUGGCGGAAAGAUCUGUUGAUAAAUAAAGCCAUUAAAGUUGUAGAUGAUCAUUUUCAGCGUACAUGGAUUCGAUGGUGGACGUGGACACGGCUGUGACGGCCCACAACAAGGAAAGAUCUGUGGAAACGGAAAGUAACCUUCAUAAAGCCGAAGAAACCCGCAACAACUACAAAAAGGAGGUUCACUAUCCAUUCAGACGUUCCAAACCUCCAAAUAUUCAGCUCAUCGAUUACAUCAAAGCGAAAGAAGCGGAACAAGUGAAACACGCCGAAUGCGUCAACAAGUUCAUGGACGAAACGUCGUUGCAUCACGCCAAAAUGGCCGAAAUUCUCCAGAAAUUCGCGACUGAAUAAUCUUUUCUUUCGUUUCUCUCUCGAAUUAACGUCUUAACUCUACUUUUUAUUUUGUCGUUAUCAUUUCGUUUAUCGAUAACUCUUUAAAAAUUGUUUCAAAGCUGACUCACGGCUGGCUUGAGCCAUCGAAAAAAGGGUCCUGACACGAAAAAAAGAGAUAGCGCUUGGUCAGUGGAGAGUACAGACACGCCACGCCCAUUAGUGCCCAGAGCCAACCAUGAUUCGAGUGUAACCUAACUGACGACCACAAAAUACAGCGCCACUAAAUAAACGCCACAAAGGCGGAAAAUAAAGUGUGUUGUACGCAGUGCACGCGAUGCAUGAAAAGCGACGCGCAAAAAGCGAUAUUGAAUGUUUAUUAUUAAUGAAAUUCUUUUUCUGGCUCUUAUUGGUUCGGGAUUACAAUAUUAAUAUUCUGAAAAGAAAUAGCAUCUAGAACCAUUUCGAGAAAGGUGGUUCUCAUCGAAUUUUAAAGUUCGAAUUUCAAGAAAUCGGUGGUAUGAAAAAAACACCAGCGAAAAUUCAAACGGCGACUUUUCCGAUUUUUUCAUUUCGCUAGGGAACUUUCCGCCGAAUCUUUUUCCGACUUUUUUUCCUCAUAUUUUUCGGUUUAUAAAACAUCUAUUAACCUUUUUUUCCUGCUUCUUUGUGUUUUAAUCAUGAACAAACUACCUACUUUAUAUAGGAAGAUGUAAAACGAAGAGUUUAUCUAGAAAAAAAAGUCGAAAAAAGUUUCGUCGGAAAGGUGGCCGUCGGAAAGUUCCCUAGCGAUAUGAAAAAAUCGGAAAAGUCGCCGUUUGAAUUUUCGCCGGUGUUUUUUUCAUACCACCAAGAAAUCCGCUAAAACCAAGCCUUUUUCUGAGAACUUACUCCGUCGAAAAGAAAAAAUGGCUUCAAACGGAAAUUCUUGAGAUUUUUACGGUUCACCUAACUUUUUUUAUUCCUUUUUUUUUUCAAAUGAACGUUUUCUCAAUUGACGUGGGUCUUACUCAUUUUCUCAUAUUUCCGUCUUUCGAUAGCUACUUCUGAGAAUGGGGUCUGUAUUUCCGGAUAAGUUGAUUCACUCAGGUUCAGUCGGACCAGCACCAGGAAGUCGUCGUGGAGCGGUCACGAGGACGACCCGAAGGCCCACGAGGAGCAGGACUGGUACCACGGGCUCCUGCCCAGGGCCGACAUCAGCUCGUAGGCAUUUUCCUGUCCUUUUCAUGAGAGACUGGUCUCGGCCGGGGGACUUCUGAAGGGGACUGGUUGCAGUUUUUCAUUCUGAACCCAAAAAAGCUGGGGAGGGGAGUUAGGACAGCUCAGAGCUGAUCUAAGCAUGAGAUAGACUGGUUUUUGCCUUUCAUCCAGAAGUGUCACAGUGAGUUCUUUGAAGCCAAAAACUUCCAGGCUUCUCGAGAAAGACGGCGAUUUUCUGCUCCGAGCCUCGUCGAUCAGUGAUGCGGAGGUAGUUCAUUUCCAACGGAUAGAAAAAUGUGACCGGAACGAUUUUCUUCAAGGAAACGUUUCAAAACUGUGAUUUGUUGGCUUCGAUUUGAAAGCCUUGGAAUAAGCUCUUUUUAAAUCGAUUGCACACGGCGUUUUUGUUAGUGGAAGAAAAUGCGUAACCAAAAAUAAAAAGGGGCGGAGCGAAAACUGCGCCGUUCCCAUGUGACGUCAUGGGAAACAAGCGUAAACAACGGAAAAUUAAAGGCGCAUGUUCAAUUGGUCAUGAGACGAACCGUUUUCUCAUUUCAAAACGCUAUUUUUCUGCUGCGGCGUUCAAAAUGAUUCCGCGAAAUUCAAAAUAGCAAUCAGAAAAAGAAAAAUAUAACUGAAUUUCGGAAAAAAAGAUGAUUUUUGCAUAUCGCGAAAAUUAACUUAGAACAUGACCUGUGCGCGAGCGCCGCAGUGCAUGCACAUAACACACUACACUUUACGGAAAAAUAUUGUCAGGGCGUCGUCAAAAAAAAAACCCCGUUUGUAGUUUGUUUCAAUACUUUUCGAUGCCAAUCUUUUAGUAACCCUUUUUUGAAAAUACUUUGAAAAAGGAGUAAAAUUUUCAAUAUACCUCACUUGAUUUCAAUAACCGAGUUAUUUUUCUUCAAUUUUUCGUUCAAAUCCUCAAUUCCAGCCAUUGCGGACGAUCAUAUCGAUUAAAUGGAAAAGCAAAAUUCAUCAUUAUAUUCUCGUCGAAUGUCUGGAUGGUACCUUCCAGAACUGAUUUUGAACCAUUUUCUGUAUUUCAAGGCUCAAUCUCAUUGGACAAACAUCGGUACGGGACGGUUUUGGAGCUGGUCGGAGCUCUUAUGUACAAAAAGCUGCCGAUUACUUCGGAUUUGGGGGCUUUGCUCAUCAAUCCGAUCGUCAAGCAAGACUGGGAGCUCAGGCAUAACCAGGUCGGUUUUCAGACGGCUUUUGGUCUCGAAAAUUGAUUUUUAGCUUCCAUAACUCUUGAUAAGGUUCAUUCAUACUUUAGGUUGUUUAUAGAUUUUUUCAGUUCCCCUUUGAUUUUCAGAAUGAAUAUUUCCAGAUUGUCAUUGGAAAAAUGCUUGGUGAAGGCGCUUUUGGCGGCGUCUACAAGGGCUCUUUGACCAUUAAGAAAAGGAAAAUCCCGGUAAAUUGAAUUCUUGGAAGCUUUUCCCAAUGGUUAUUGAUUCGAGGUCGCGGUGAAGGUGAGCAAAGGGAACGCGAAGAUGAGCUCGAAGGUGAUGAUCGCCGAGGUUUGCAAGGAGGCCCGGAUAAUGCGCCACUACCAGCACAUGAACAUUGUCAACUUUUACGGGGUCGCCGUGGAAAAAGUCUCGAUUUCCGGGAUUUUCUGGGAUUUAUCUCCUUUUUGAGGAACCCAUAAUGCUUGUGAUGGAGUUGGCCGACACCGGCGCCUUGGAUUCUUACCUGAGGGGCGGCAAUAAUGUCACCUUACUCACCAAGGUGCUCUUUAAGCCUUCAAAGAAACUAUCCUCUUUGAAAUUUGCAGCUCAAAUAUUCUUUUGACACGGCAAAAGGCCUGGAAUACCUCCACCAGAACGGCUGUAUCCAUCGUGACGUUGCAGCGAGGUUUUCCCGACGUAUUAAAAAUGAAAUAAUUAUUCCAGAAACUGCCUUCUACACGCUGGAACCGUCAAGAUCAGCGACUUCGGCCUUUCCAAGCAGCUCUCCGACCACGCCCACAAGUACAAGCUCAAGGUCCUCACCUUGGAGUUCAAAUCGAGCCGAAAAUCUUCAGGACCUCCAUCAGAAACUGCCGAUCCGAUGGCUGGCUCCAGAGGUCCUUGUCUCGGCCACGUAUUCCUGCAAGUCUGACGUCUUCUCGUUCGGAAUCUUGCUUUGGGAGGUUUCCAGGAUCUUUUUCUUCAGAAAUAAUUGUUUCAAAAAAAAUCUCACUGGAUUGUUUAAAGGCGCAUAAGGAAAUUAUAUGGAGGCGAAAGUUGAUUCCUUGCUCCUUUAAAGGAUCCAGCAAGCGACUUUUCAUUGUUCCAAUUUUCCCAUUCAGAUAUUCAUGGACGGUGCGAUACCGUACCCGGACAUGACUCUAGGCGAAGUCAGCGCCAAAGUCAGGACCGGCUACCGUAUGUCUCCCCCUGACCGUAUGCCCAAAUUCGUCCGCGAAGUCAUGACAAAUCAAUGUUUCCCGCAGGCGCCGGAAGAUCGCGGCAACAUGUUCGAAGUUUGAAUUAUAUACCUUUUUGGAAUCAAAAUAAUCAUUCCAGAUCCGCGAAAGCAUGGAAAACGUCAUCGAACGACGGACCGUACCUUCUUCUGUUUAUCAGUCCAUCAGAUACUGA